AUGGCGGCAGAGAUUCAUCCCCGCCCGCAGACACGCAAACCCGUCCUGCUGAGCAAGAUCGAGGGUUUCCAAGAUGUGGUAAAUACGGCUGUGAUCAUCCCCAAAGAGGACGGCGUUAUCAGCGUAUCUCAAGACAGGACAAUCCGUGUGUGGCUGAAGAGGGACAGUGGUCAGUAUUGGCCCAGUGUCUAUCACACAAUGCCUGUUGUGUGUUCAUGCAUGUCAUUUAACCCAGAGACAAGGAGGAUCUCUGUAGGGUUGGAAAACGGCACUGUAUCGGAGUUUGUUCUGUCAGAAGACUACAACCAAAUGACUCCUGCUCGGACAUAUCAGGCUCAUCAGGGUGGAGUGACCGUGGUGCUGUUUGUCUUAGAGAUGGAGUGGGUUCUAAGCACAGGUCAGGACAAGAGCUUUACGUGGCACUGCUCGGAGAGCGGACAGCAGCUGGGCACAUACAGGACCACAGCAUGGGUGUCUGGACUACAAUUUGAUGUGGAGACCAGACAUGCCUUCGUGGGAGAUCAUUCUGGGCAAGUGACAAUCCUAAAGCUGGAACAGGACAACUGCAGCCUGGUCACCACAUUUAAAGGCCACACAGGCAAUGUUACGGCCUUGUGUUGGGAUCCCGUGCAAAGGGUUUUAUUUUCUGGAAGUUCUGAUCAUUCAAUCAUCAUGUGGGACAUUGGAGGCCGAAAAGGAACAGCUAUUGAACUGCAGGGCCACAAUGAUAAAGUGCAGGGUUUGUGUUACGCUCCUCACACUCGUCAGCUCAUUUCCUGUGGCUCAGAUGGGGGAAUCGUUAUCUGGAAUAUGGACGUCACUCGACAAGAGACCCCAGAGUGGCUCGACAGUGACUCGUGUCAGAAGUGUGAACAGCCUUUCUUCUGGAACUUCAAACAGAUGUGGGACAGUAAGAAAAUUGGCUUGCGGCAGCAUCAUUGCAGGAAAUGUGGCCAGGCCGUGUGUGGCAAGUGUUCCUCGAAACGUUCCACAAUUCCUCUCAUGGGAUUUGAGUUUGAGGUGCGGGUUUGUGACAGUUGUCAUGACUCGAUUACAGAUGAGGAACGGGCACCCACUGCCACGUUCCAUGACAGCAAGCACAGCGUCGUACAUAUGCAGUAUGAACCAACUAGAGGUUGGCUGCUCACCUCCGGCACAGACAAAGUCAUCAAGCUAUGGGACAUGACUCCAGUGGUGUCAUGAGAAUCCUCUAAAUCAUCUGCAAGCAUCAGUGAACCAGAGCUGAACCUGAACCGAAAAUCAUGUUUGUGGAGAACGAUCAGAUUUAGGUCACUUCUCGUGGGUGGAUUCAUCUCACGGAGGAAAAACUCAAGGAUAUCAUGGUUUUGAGUUCAGCAUGUGCGUUUGUACAGUAUGUAUUUGUGCAUGUGCACGUGGGUUAUGGGAACCAAUGUGUAAAUAUUGUUGUCUAAAUCUGCUCAUUUCAGGUUGUUUAUAUUGAUAUAAACCUGUGUUAUGUUGUGUGUAAAAAAUAUCCGCAUUCAUUCUGUCAUCAAGGAAUCCCUGUGUUAUUGCAUUAAAGCAUGCUGGAAGUGUUUUUAUAUUCAAGUGCCUUUACCGCAGCUCAAUCAGUGGUUUAGGCAUUGGAAAAUAAUGUCUACUAUUGCCUCUUGGUCAUGAUCCACUAAUCUGUUUGACUGUACAUGUAAGCACUUAAUUUUACUGGCAUUUUAACACCAGUAUUAAACAUGCACAUAUUCACAAAUAUUGUUGUUUAUACAGGGUACAAGUUCAGUGAUGCUUCAUUGUAAUAACAUUGUGUUUGAUCUGAUUAAAGCUGAUGUUUCAUAUACAUCUUAUUACUGUAGAAACACUGUUGUAUUUGGUUCAUCAUUGGCUCAGAAAAUAUGAUGGUGGUUUAAAACAUAAUUUGAUUUCCGUCAGGCAUGAAUACAUAUAUUGACUCACAGUGACUUUACAAAGUGAGUUUCCUUUAGCGUGAUUUGGGCAUUACACAAUACGUUAAACGCUACUUGUUUACAAAGCACAGAGAUAAACAGCGGGAAUGACAAUUAGUUGCAAAUGUGGAGGUUGAAUUUUAAACUAGGGUUUUGUAAGGAUUUAUUUUAUUGAAGGGUUUUAUUUUGUAUUAUUUAUAAAGUUCAUUUUAAAGUACAGUGCCGUUUUAACUUUUAAGGUAAGGAUUUUAGAAAAAUCUUUUAACGCUCUUAAUGCUCACCAAGACAUCAUUUAUGUGGUUUUCUAAUGUUUAAAUUGUCAUUUUUGAAAGUCAUGAUCUUUCAGAAAUCAUUCAAAUGCACAUGAUUUGUUGAUCAAAUAAAAAUUGAAAAUGGG